UCAAAUGGCAAAAGCAGAAUGUAAUGAUAUUGAUAUAAAUAUUGAUGUGGAAAAUGUUUCAUUUCUAGAUAACUGCUUCGAUAAUUCGUUUACUUUACAAUGUUCCCUAAAUUACGUUAGAAAUAAUGUCGAAGAAAUAAUAGAAAUAAAUAAAUCAAAAAAGAAAAUUGUGUCACAGAAAAGUGACCGUGAUUCAAUAUCAAAACGAAGAAGUUUCCUUAGCCAAAGCAAUGGUGAGUUAUCACAAUUACAUGAAAGUGCCCAAACUUUUAAGAAAAAGCUAGGCAAUUGGGGUUUACCAGGAGAUAUUGCAGCAAAAUAUGAACAGAAAGGAAUAAUUGAAAUGUUCGAUUGGCAAGUACAAUGCCUAGGUAAUUCCAAAAUUUUACUGGACUCCUGCAAUCUUGUAUACUCUGCACCCACAUCUGCGGGCAAAACUCUAGUUGCUGAAAUAUUGUGUAUCAAGACGAUUCUUGAACGACAGAAGAAAGUCAUUAUAAUAUUACCGUUUGUGUCUAUAGUCAGAGAAAAAAUGUUUUAUUUACAAGAAAUUCUUGGGAGUUCCGGUAUUAGAGUUGAAGGUUUCAUGGGCUCCCAAUCACCACCCGGUGGUUUGCAAGCGGUUCAUUUAGCUAUAUGUACGAUUGAGAAAGCAAAUAGCCUGAUUAACAAACUGAUUGAUGAUGGUAAGAUAUCAGAUCUAGGAGCAGUGAUAGUCGACGAGUUGCACUUGCUGGGAGACCCACAUAGAGGCUACAUAUUAGAACUACUUCUCACCAAAAUUAAAUAUCUUUCAUCCAAAAUUGAGGAUAUUAAUAUUCAAAUUGUUGGAAUGUCAGCUACUUUGCCUAAUUUAACUAUACUAUCAAAUUGGCUAGAGGCUGAAUUAUAUGUAACAGAUUUUAGGCCUGUACCACUAGAUGAAUAUUGUCUAGUUGGAAAUAAGUAUUAUGAUAAAGCUGGUAACUUUGUAAACAUUUUAUACCCCCCUAAGGAAAACAUUGUCACAGGAGACCAUGUGCUCACUAUUUGUUUGGAAACAAUCAAAGAAAAUUGUUCUGUGCUAAUAUUUUGUAUGACUAAAAACAGGUGCGAGAGUUUGGCUCAAAGUAUUGCUUCUUCAUUUUAUAAGUUAGGUUGCUCCAAAAGCAGUUCUGGUUUAGUAUUAAGAGGCCAGUUGAAUACAGAAAAAAUUGCUGAAGUACUGGAACAACUUCAGAAUUGCCCAGUUGGCUUGGAUCAACUGUUAAAAAACAUUGUUUCUUUCGGUGUUGCUUAUCACCAUGCCGGUCUUACGUUUGAUGAAAGAGACAUUAUAGAAGGUGCAUUCAAGUCUGGGGCUAUAAGAGUACUUAUAGCUACUUCAACUUUAAGUUCUGGUGUAAAUUUACCAGCAAGGAAAGUUAUAAUAAGGUCACCUGUGUUUCAAAAACAACCAAUUAAUAUUUUAACAUACAAGCAAAUGGUAGGCAGAGCUGGAAGAAUGGGAAAAGAUGCAAAAGGUGAAAGUAUUUUGAUUUGUACUGAGGCUGAGCAAAAGGUUGGUUUUGAUCUUAUGAUGGGUAACUUAGAUCCUGUUAAGAGUUGCAUUGAUAGUGAGGACAAAUUCAUGAGAGCUGUUCUGGAAAUGAUAGCAAGUGAAGCUGUUAGUACUAAAUGCGAAUUAGAACUUUAUUGCAAAUGUACAUUAUUACAUGCCCAACAAGAAAGUAUUUCUGAAGAAACAUUGUUAGAGAAAACUCUAGACCAAUUGAUUAACUUUGAACUUGUGAGAAUUCAAAAAGAUAAUGAUAAAACCAACUAUGUGGCUACUAGUUUAGGAAAGGCUUGCCUGGCUUCCUCCAUGGCACCAAAUGAUGGCAUAUCUUUAUUUUGUGAGCUCCAAAAGGCCCGACAGUGCAUGGUGCUGGAGAAUGACUUGCAUCUUAUUUAUUUGGUGACACCUUAUAGUGUCAGUAAUCAAUGGAACAAUAUUGAUUGGUUGCAUUUAUUGACUUUAUGGGAGUCUUUAACAGCAGCUAUGAAGAGGGUUGGGGAACUAGUUGGUGUUCAAGAGAGCUUUAUUAUACGCUCGCUAAGAGGAAUAAAUCAGAAAAAUUCGUUAACUAAAUUAAACAUACACAAAAGAUUUUAUACAGCAUUAGCCCUACAGGAUUUAGUUAAUGAAAAACCUUUAUCAGAAGUUGCACAAAAAUUUCAGUGUGCAAGAGGAUUUUUGCAAGGACUUCAACAAUCAGCAGCAACAUUUGCUGGAAUGGUAACUGCAUUCUGUCAUCAAUUGGGAUGGAAAAAUAUGGAAAUGUUGGUAUCGCAAUUUCAGGAUCGAUUACACUUUGGCAUACAUUCAGACCUGUUGGAAUUGAUGAAGCUCUCAACUUUGAAUGGUGCUAGGGCUCGCACACUAUUCGAUGCGGGCUUUGAAACAAUUGCUAGUAUUGCAUCCGCAAGUGCUAAUGAUAUAGAAAAUACCUUACACAAAGCGGCACCGUUUCAAAGUGAUAAAGAACUUGAGAACGACGAUGAUGCCGACGUAAGAAAGCGAAAGAAAAUGAAAAAUAUAUGGAUUACUGGAUGUUGUGGAAUGACUGCUAGAGAAGCAGCGGAGAGACUAAUUUUAGAAGCUAGAAAAUACUUACAACUAGAAAUUGGAGUAACAGAUAUUAAUUGGGAAAAUAAAGAGAGUCGAAGUUGUAUAGAAAUAGAAAACCAGUCAAAUAUUCGCGAAUCAAGUCUUUUACAACAAACUGACUACGACAAAGAAUCACAAAAUAAUAAUAAAGACAAGCUGCAAUUUAUAGACAUCAAAACUGUUACUGAACAUUGUACGAUAAAAAACGAAAACAAAUGUAAUGAAUUAGAACAUAUUAUCCCGGAAUCAAAAACAAUGCCAUUAAAUGAAUUGGGAUCUUCUCAUGAACUUGAAAUUCUAACUUCACAAAACUAUUUUAAUCACAUAGAAAGUACUGUUAGAAAUCAAAGUAAUAAUUCUAUAAGAAAGUACGGCAAUGGAAAUGCUUAUUCAAAUAAAGAUGAUGUUGUUUGGGAUUCUUUAUUUCUGUCAGAUACUGUUUUGAGAAAUAUAACGACUGGUCGUUCAACUUUAGCAGUGCCUUCGCCAAAUAUUAGUUUUGAUGAAAGCGAACUAAUAAGUUCCGCUAAUUCUGCCAAAGAUAUAAGUCUAUUUUCGUCAGACGAUAAUAAUUCUAGUAUUUUCGAGGAUACCAUAAACAUAGAUACAAUGUGUGAUAAUGCGAACCAAAGUAAAGAAGACAUUUUAAAUAUGUUAGAUCAAGACAUUGCGAAUGAAACAAUAAACUCAAACACAAUAUUAAAUGCUUUUAAAUCUACAAUUAUUGAUAUAGACGAAGAUGAAGAUAUAAAAUUAGUUUAUGAAGAUGAAAAUAAAAUAUCCGAAGUAAACAUCGCUUCAAUAGGAACUAUAUCUUCGAAUGAAAAAUCAAUUUCAAAUCGAAGAAUAAAUGAAAUAAGUUCUUUAAAAAGAAAUGCAAACACAGAUCGAAUAUUCGAAUCACCAAAUAAAAAAAUCAGACAGCAAAAUAUCUCUAAGGCGAAUUACAAUGUUAUGAUGAAAUGCUCACAGUCAAAAAAGAAUAUCCUAAGAGUUGCCGGAAGCGAAAUAAAGUGUUAUGUUCUAAAAGAAGAAGAUAUCAUAAAUAAUUUAAGUAUGAUAGAAAAACAUAAAGAAGUAGCGGUAAUUCUAGAUGUUGAUUUUAAACAAAAGAGUCAGUCUAACGUAAUUGGUCAAAUGAUAUGUAAUAAGAACAAAUGUGCCCUGAACAGAAAUGAUCCAUAUCCUAGUAAUGAAGUCGUAAAAGGCUUGUCGUUUUAUUUGUCUAAAGAUGAAUGUUACUACUGUGAUGUAAGUUCAAUAGUGAAAUCUUUGCCAGCCGUGAAAUUAAGAUUAAAGAGGAUGUUUAACGAUAAGACUUAUACAGUAAAAUUAGCUUCAACAAAGUCGUACGCUGCGCAUAUAAAGAGAUGGAUGAAUAUUGAGCUUUCAUGUAGAUGCAGCGACAUAUCUGUAGUCGAUUGGCUACUAGAUAGUGGAGAAAAUCUAUACAAUGUUAUCGAAUUGACGAAGAAAUUCUGUGAUAUAGACGUUCCUAAAGUAGAUAUAAUUGUGAACGACAAGACAUGCAAGUAUGAUAACCUAGACGAAAUCACAAGAUCAUGUUUGAAGGCUUGGUGUGUAUUCUCCGUAAAUGAGAAACAAAAGAAAUUUAUUGAAAAGUACGACUUCCUUGAAAGAAUAUCGGAUAUCGAAACGCAUAUUGCCAAGAUACUGGGUAAAUGUGAAUAUUACGGUAUCGCCGUGGACAAACAGCUGGCGUCGCAACUGCUCGUCGACGUCAAGAACUCACAGGAAAUUCUACAGAAGAAAGCGUUCAAGUUGUGUGGAUACCACUUUAAUUUCAAUUCGUCGAAGGAUGUCGCAAAGGUGCUAGGUAUUUACAACGGGCGCAAAAUUAGUACGAAGAAGAGUGUGCUCACCGCCCACAACAGUCCUAUGGCCAGCAUCGUGAUAUACUGGAGGAAACUGAACUCCAUACUAACCAAAACUUUGUACCCCCUGACGGAACAGGCCAGCAUCUAUAGCUCAGAUAACAGGAUAAGCCCGACGUACGCGACGUACACGACCACCGGCCGAAUUAGUAUGCACGAGCCGAACUUGCAGAACGUUCCGCGGACGUUCGCAGUUCCCAUAAAAUAUUUAACGUUAAACGAAAUCGAACCCUGCGACGACGUGAUAGAGUUCAACUGCAGGAACAUCUUCAAAGCCGCACCCGGGUGCACGUUCGUGUCGGCGGACUACUGCCAGUUGGAGAUGAGAAUACUCACUCAUUACAGCGAGGAUGUUGUUCUGACAAAAAUAAUGGGCUCCAACGUCGACGUGUUUCGGUCUAUUGCGGCGUCCUGGAGCGGUGUGCCCGAGGAUCAGGUGGACGACGACUUGCGACAGAAGGCCAAGCAGCUUUGCUACGGGAUUCUGUACGGCAUGGGCAACAGGACGCUGGCCCAGCAGCUGGACGUCUCGGAGAUGGAGGCGGCCGUGUUCAUGGACGCCUUCUACACCACCUACCCCGCUAUCAGAACCUUCACCGGCCGCGUCGUCGACGACUGCAGGAGACACGGCUACGUGGAGACCCUCAUGAAGCGGAGACGAUAUCUGCCCGAUAUCAACAGCGCGGUCGCGGCUAAGAGGAGUGCAGCAGAACGUCAGGCCGUCAACACAACGAUACAAGGAUCGGCUGCGGACAUCGCGAAAGCGGCGAUGUGCGCCAUAGACUCCCGCACGAGCGGCCCCGGCCAGCCCCGACUCGUACUGCAGAUGCACGACGAACUCAUAUACGAAGUGCCCGAAACUAAGAAGUACACCUUCCCUCUCAUCCUCAAGGAGGUUAUGGAGAAUACUGUCCAGCUCUCCGUGCCCCUGCCGGUCAAAGUCCGGACCGGCAGCUCAUGGGGAUGCUUGGAGGAAAUGAAAUUUUAGUGCCUUAAAUCAUGUUCAGUUUUACAUUUUUACUUAUGCUGUGAUAUUAUUAAACGAUUAAAUGCAUUUUACACAUA